AUGCGUUUUCUUUGCGUCCUCGCUCUCGUGCUGACGGCUUUUCGUCAAGCCAGGGCGAAGGCUGUCUUUGCCCAUUUCAUGGUGUCAAACGCCCAGAACUAUACUUUGAGUGACUGGGCAGACGAGAUAAAGCUUGCUCAAGCUGCUCACAUCGAUGCUUUUGCCCUCAACACGGCCUACGAUCAGGGCGAUGGCCCUCAGUACGAUCUGGCAUUCUCUGCCGCUAGCAGCGCGGGUUUUAAGCUCUUCUUCUCGUUCGAUUAUGCUGGUAAUGGGCCUUGGCCGGCGUCGACCGUUCUGUCCGUUUUGAACAAGUUCAAAGGGAGCAGCGCCCAUUUCUUACACAACAAUAAGCCGUUCGUAUCAACCUUCGAAGGACCAGGCAGUGCCUCUGAUUGGAUCAACAUCAAGUCACAGACCAACUGCUAUUUUGUUCCCGACUGGUCAUCGCUAGGUGCUAAGCCGGCUAUGGAACUUGCUGGUGGCGUGGCUGACGGGCUCUUUGCCUGGUCAGCCUGGCCAUGGGGCAACAAAGACAUGGAUACCUUUGUGGAUGCAUCGUAUAUCACGUACUUGUCAGGAAAACCUUACAUGAUGCCGGUAUCGCCAUGGUUCUAUACGAAUCUCCCUGGGUACGACAAGAAUUGGCUUUGGCGCGGCGACAGUCUUUGGGCUGACCGCUGGGGCCAGGUGCUCUACGUGCAGCCCGAAUGGGUAGAGAUUAUUUCAUGGAACGACUAUGGAGAGUCUCACUACAUCGGUCCUAUCAAGAGCAAAGCCCUCGGGGCCAUGCGUACUGGGCGCGCGCCAAUCGACUUCGUCGCUGACAUGCCGCAUGAUGGGUGGCGCGAGAUCUUACCUUUCGCUAUCGACAUGUAUGUUCGAAACACCACUACAAUCGCCAACGAGAAGCUAGUAUUCUGGUACCGAAAGCAGCCUGCUGCAGCAUGCGAUUCUGGUAUGACGACAGGCAACACGGCCUCGCAGCUCCAACUCGAGUUUGCGCCAACCGAGGUCUCUCAAGACCGCGUAUUCUACAGCGCCGUUCUCGGGUCGUCAGCGAGUGUUUCGGUCACUAUCGGUGGUGUCACCCAGGCGGGGACCUGGUCAAAGAGCCCCGAAGAUGGUGUUGGGCUCUACAGCGGCAGCGUCCCGUUCAAUGGGAACCUCGGCGAUGUAGUUGUCACCAUCUCUCGCGGCGGCGGCUCAAGUUUCUCUGGCUCUGGUUCGGCUAUUUCAACUCAAUGCGGUGCUGGAGGCCUGGCUAACUGGAAUGCCUGGGUCGGAUCCGCUACCGGUGGUGCUGCCGCCGAUCCAACGCCAACAUCCAUGGACGACCUGGUGUGCAUCAAUGGCACAUCCAUCGACAAUUUCUCUGGUCUAUGUUCGUAUGCUUGUUCGCUGGGAUAUUGCCCGUUAGGCGCCUGCCUUUGUACCGCUAUGGGAAAGCAGAGAGUCAAGCCGAAAUCCUCUGGCAUCACCGGUUAUCCGGCAGCCGGUCUCAACGAAAACUUUUCCGGACUCUGCAACUUUGACUGCAACCUAGGAUAUUGCCCAGAGGGUCUCUGCAGCUACGCAUGCACUUUUGGUUUUUGCUUGGUUGAGACACCGCCCAUCGUUGACGAAGUGGCGGGAAGCCCCGUGGAAGGCACUCAGGACUAUGGGCUUUGCGCCUUUGCCUGCCCUAGAGGCUACUGUCCCCCCGGAGCUUGUAACGAAGCUAAGAGGGUCAACAUCUGUGCGAGGCCAUAUGGAGUCCCAUUCCUUUUCGUCAACCAUGUUUCCCAGAUGAACGCAGGAGAGAGAUCCUACGACCCCUGGUGGGACAAUAAGCUCUUUGAUAAAACAACGAGGAUCAAUGUGGACAAAAAGGGUGUGACCGUCAAGACUAUUACGAACCAGUUGCCGAGCUUCUAUUGCAAGUAUCCAGCACCCGGAAAAUCCUAUUGGGAUGAUCAAGCCAAUGCGUGGCAACCGCACCCAAAUGUUGUGCGCCGCAACCGUGUUAGAGGCAACAAGUGGUAUUCAUGUGAUAACUAUCCGGGCUACUCGGGUCCUGCGAUGAUGAGGAGAAGCAUACGUGGGGCAAAACGUGGCCUGACAGAGCUCACACCUGCCGAGGUACAGGAGCUCGCACGACAAGGGGCAAACAUCACGACAUCGGACGGACGGCUUGAAACAAUCGACGAGCCAGAGGACGAGGGACCAGAGGAAAUGGUUGUGCCUGCCCCCUACCACUUGAACCCCGUCGGUGCUGCUCCUCCUCCGGCUAAAACUAGUCAUAAUGUCAGCACCGGUCUUUCUCAGACGCCGCGCCGAGCAGCGGCAGGCAGCUUCUUGGAUCCGAGCGCCUUCCUAUAUCUAGGAUGCGGGAAUGACGACGAGGAUAAUUGUGCUCUCGUAGGACAGGACUGCUCCGAUCCGGCAGACAACCUAGACCCAGCCGACGGGGAUCAGCCUAUCGACGAUACGCCAGAUCCAACCUCAACGCCGCCUCCCGCUCCGGAGCCAACUCCAGACCCAGUUCCAACUCCAACACCAACGGCGGACUGCGCGUUCUGGGAUUCCCUCGUAGCCUGGCAGUUUGAGAUUUACAACAUCGAGGGUUGGGUGACCGAUGGCGGGAAGAAGCUCAAGGAAGAAGAAGGCGGCUGCGGUGCAAUGACAGGUUGGAACUGGGAAGAGGCCACAAGCACCAGAGGGGCUCAAGUCCAUUUCUAUCUGCCAUUCUUCAUGGCGGAUGGUUGUGUUGAGCGUGCCAUCGUAUCUGCAGGAGGGCCAAAAAUCCCAUGCAAAGGUUCGGGUCUGGGCAAGAUCGCGGCACCGUCGUCACAGUCUGGCACGCCAACGAGUGCGGACCCAGCAACGAAGACGAAGACAGUGGUCUACCCCAGUCCGAUGCCGCUACCGACGUCGUUCGAGGACGCGACCCCGAUCACUCACGAACCAUAUAUUCCAAUGGUCUGGGGGUCUUCCAAUGCGACUGCGUCGUCAUCGACAAUGAGUGCUGUAAAUCCAGCCACUUAG